AUGUCGUCCCCCGCGCCCCUCCUUCGGCCACCCAUCCCCGGUGCCCGCUCGCAAAGCGGCAGCCGCACCCCUCGUCUUGGUCUCUCAAUACCCCCAUCACCACAUGCCAGGCCCGUCGUCAACGGCACAAACGACGCCCAGAACCUCGCCCGGCCGACCCCUCCGCAGCUACGCCUCGCGACCCCGAUGGGUACGAGCCAUACACCACACGAAGGACGCCCUCAUCCAAAAGGGCUGCCACCGCUGCAGAUCGGAUCAUCAGGCCUCUCAGCAGGAGGCUCAAGCGAUACGAGCGCACACUCGCGAUCAGGGAGCUUUGGGGAGGUGCAGGCGAACGGGUCGGCGUCAUCCUACUCGGCUGCCCUGGGCUUUCCUGGUCUUCAAAGACCGCACCAGGGCUCAGAUCCCAUAUCUGCAAUAUCACAAGGCGGCAGUGAAAGUGCGCCAUCAAUGGAGAGGGAGGGUAGCAGCCAGCCGCUGCCGGACCUGGAGCAAAUGGCUGCAGACAAGGGUGCGCCGCUGGACGUGGAAGACUUGGAUGAUGCGGGUUGGAAAGCAGCAGCCGCAAAGGGCAUGAUUGAAGAGAAGGGCGGCCUAGGAGAAGGCGCAGGCGGCGCAGUCACAAAAUGUAUCCUGAAAGGUGGGAAGACCAUCUUCGCGUUGAAGAUCAUAACUACAAACCCAGACCCCGACGUCAAGAAGCAGAUUGUGCGCGAGCUUUCCUUCAAUAAGAACUGCGCAAGCGACCACAUCUGCCGCUAUUACGGUGCUUUCAUGGACGACAGCACCGGCACCAUCAGCAUUGCCAUGGAGUUUUGCGAGGGUGGCUCUCUGGAUUCGGUCUAUCGAGAAGUCAAGAAACUGGGAGGCCGGACUGGGGAGAAAGUACUCGGCAAAGUGGCGGAAGGUGUCCUGAACGGAUUAACGUACCUCCAUUCUCACCGCAUCAUCCAUCGAGACAUCAAGCCCAGCAACAUUCUGUUGUGCCGAAAUGGACAGGUCAAGCUAUGCGAUUUCGGCGUCUCCGGCGAGUUCGGAACGAAAGGAGACGCUAACACCUUUAUCGGGACGUCAUAUUACAUGGCACCUGAGCGGAUAACUGGACAAAGCUACACCAUCACCAGCGACGUGUGGAGCUUGGGCGUGACACUACUUGAGGUCGCCCAACACCGAUUCCCUUUCCCCGCGGACGGUACAGAGAUGAACCCUCGUGCUGGGCUUAUUGAUCUGCUUACUUAUAUCGUGCGACAACCGAUCCCAAAGCUGAAGGACGAGCCAGAGAACGGCAUUCGGUGGUCGGAGAACUUCAAGUACUUCAUUGAAUGCUGUCUCGAAAAGGAACCUCCUCGUCGAGCCACGCCUUGGCGCAUGCUCGAGCAUCCCUGGAUGCUCGAAAUGAAGACCAAGAAAGUCAACAUGGGCCAUUUCCUCAAACAAGUAUGGGAUUGGAAGGACUAA